GUCAAUGUUAUUAAGAAUGAUAGUAAUAACAGUCUUAGUAAAACAUUAGAAAAUAUAAAUAAUACAAUGCAUUCCGCCAAUUGGAACACAAGUUGGAUUAUAACAUUUACAGCAUUUUAUCUUGAUUUAGAGGAGAAUUAUAGCGCUCCUCAAGAUAACAAGAAUAACAGUUAUACUGUUACUUUCAAUAGUUUACUUAAGCAGCUUAAAGAUCUUAAAAGAACUAAUUUUACAAAUUUGGUUUGGGGAUUUGAUCUCAGUGGAAUUAUGAAUA